AAUAGCUAAGCACAUUUCUCGACAUCAACUUCUAAAAGAGUGUUCGCACAAGAUUUACUGCUACUCGUCUGUCCUUCUGAGUACUAGUGCGAAAAGAUGUUGACAUGUCAUUUGCAAGUUUUUCAUAGUGGCAACUACAUGGGUGUCAAACCUGCCGCGGUGCCCCUUGUUUACACACUCACACAUGCGCACCGCCGCACACACCGCCGCUCCCGUCGAGCCGCUUAUUUAGGUAUAUUGUUGUUUAUUUUAUUCGGCGCUAUGCUCCGACACGGCGAGCCUUUCGACUCAGUUUUAACGCGCACGUUUUAUGAAACGACAACUAUGCGUCGAUGUGCGCUCGCCACGAAUAAUUAUUAAUAUCGGCACGACCGAAAUAACGACGCGGUAAACAAAUUCGCGAUUUUUAUUGGUUAACACUUUGUUGAAAAGAACGUGAGGUUUUAUUUAUGUUUUUUUUUAUAACCUAUUCGCAUUGUCGCUGGCCAGUGCCGGUUGUCUCCGCGAAUUUUAAUAGCCGCUAAUCAUAGUUUAUUUUUGCGCGCAACGUGUGUUUAAUAAAUGUGCUCGGACUUUUUUGGACUUUAUUUGGUAUUUUACAAUACGGAAGUGAUUAUAAAAAUUAUAAAUUAGCUGUCAUAAAUUCGCGAAAUAAAUAAGUCAUUUUUAUGAGAACCGGUUCUAUUUUUGAACAAUAGCGCGAGCGGCGCGAGUUUUCAAACUUUUAAAUUUCGAAUGUCAGUUUUGGCGGGAAGGCAAGAAGUAGGUUGUACAGAAAGUUUGGAAAAGUGUUGAGCACACAUCGGAUGCUCGCUAGUGUUUUUUCAACGCGUUUUCGAGGCUAAGCGCUAGUUGUUUGAACAAGUGUGUUUUCUAAUGGAUUUAUUUUGAGAUUGUAUUCAAAACAUUCGCCGGGCUCCGGCGCUGGCGCAUUCGGAGCACGAGUGCAGCCCGGUGUGCCACAAGGCAGUGUGCUGGGGCCGGUAUUAUAUGUGAAGUGCUGGACUGAUUGUGCUGGAUGUGUCUCCAGAAGGAUGACAGUGGUGACAUAGAUGCCGAUGUGACGAGACCAAUGGUGCAGCUACCUUUACUGGUGGGUCCCGAGCCGGCACUGAACUCGACCCCGGGCGCCGCGAAGCCGCCGCUACUAAACUCUUUCGAGCUGGACCGCUGUUUGGACAGAGAGGAGUCCGGCAGGUGGGGCGGCGAAGCGGCGCGGCGGCGUCGGCGCAGCUCGCCCCCGCGCCGCGCCUCGCCCCCCAGAGACCAUGAGCCUCUCGCUCUUGCACGGGCAUCAGCCCCAGCCUCCCCAACCGCUGGCUCAGCUCACUCUUCACCAGCACCUGUGUCUCCAGCCGGAAGUACUGCUGGUGCCCGCUCUCCACUCCCGCUGGUCGCACCAGACCUGCUGGCCAUGCAGCUGCUCGACCAGCACUCCCAGCUGCAGGCGCUGAUGAAGCAGCGGCUGUUCCAUCAGCAUCAUAUGCAGAAACAGCACUUAUCCUCGGAGGCUGCCAAGCGUCAGCUAGAGCAGUCGCGGCUGCAGGACCAGAUCAACCUGAACCUGCUGUCGCAGUCGCAUCUGCCGCCUCCUGACGCUUCCCCUGGUUCCCUUCAGCAGCAGCUCGGCGCGCAGCAGCAACAGCUGGUCCAGCAGUUGCAGGCCGUGCAGCGCCAAUACCUCAUGCACGGGCCUCUGUCUGUGCCGCCUAAUGCUCCUCCAGGUCUUAUGCUGUGGGGGAGCGAGAUGGAAGAGCAUCCGCUUUUCGGGCGCGGAGUUUGCAAGUGGCCCGGCUGCGACGCGCUCGCUGAUGACUACCAGGCGUUCCUCAAACACCUGGAAGCAGCCCACACCCUCGACGACAGAUCAGCCGCGCAGGCGCGCGUCCAGAUGCAGGUGGUUGCCCAGCUGGAGCUGCAACUGCGUCGAGAAAGGGACCGUCUGGCGGCCAUGAUGCGGCACCUGCAUGCUGCUAGGGACUCGAGCCAUCACCAGCCGAAACACCCACAUGGGGCGCCCAAUGAAGGCACAUCACCCGGACCGGUCCGUCGCCGAGUCUCCGACAAGUCUGGUGUGGCUAUAGCUGGUGGUCUUCCGUAUAUGCUCGAAAGAGCUGGAUUAGAUGUGCAACAAGAAAUUCAGCGCAACCGCGAAUUUUAUAAAAGCGCAGACGUUCGGCCCCCGUUCACAUACGCUUCGCUCAUUCGACAGGCCAUCAUAGAGUCUCCAGAUAAGCAGCUGACCCUCAACGAGAUCUACAAUUGGUUCCAGACAACCUUUUGCUACUUCCGACGCAAUGCUGCCACGUGGAAGAACGCCGUGCGUCACAACCUGUCGCUGCACAAGUGCUUCAUGCGCGUGGAGAACGUGAAGGGCGCGGUGUGGACGGUGGACGAGGUGGAGUUCUACAAGCGCCGGCCGCAGCGCGCCGCGCACGCGCCGCCGCCCAUCCACCAGGGGUUCAUGGGUGCACAGAGUCCUCCGAUGAUGACCAGCCCUCAUGGCUACAGUGAAGCUCUCAAAAGGAACCUUCAGGGUAUGAUGGAGGAAUGCAACCUGUCAUACAUGUCGAGCGAGGAUCACAUGAUGCAAGGCGCUGAAGAAUAUCCCUCCUCCCAUGAUGAGUACAGCCGGCCGUCCAUGCUGAACGGCUACGGAGGGAGCAGCUCGCACGACGUGAAGGCCGAAGACUUGAGCGGGGCCGACCAGGACAUCAAACCUAACAUAUACGCGCUCAAGAACGAGAUGCAGGCUUCCGACUAUUCUAACAAAGACUACACAAAUUCCACAAAGGAGUCCUCAAGCAACCGCUCCGGCGAGACCAGCCCCUACGACGACUACCCGCGUCCCGAGGACCGGUACCGGCCCUCGGCCUCCCACAUAAAGGACGAGGCCGAAAACCUCUCACUCAACGAACAGAGAUCUGACAAGUAAAAAAAAGGUUUGACAAGUAGUAGGAACUGGACAAUUUUGGUACCGGCUGUCGGCCUCACACGCAAAAGGCCGAGGCCCAAAUCCUCAAAAAAAUAAAAGUGAAGGUUGACAAGAACUAGUGAUGGACAAUUCUGGUUGCCGGCUGUUCUUGAAGCAAUAAUUAGGUUGCCGGCUAGUGUUUAGAAUUAUUAUCACAGUAUGUAAUACUUUAUACUUACGGGUGUAGUUCUAUUUCAAGUUAAUAGCGGUUGCGUGUAUGUGUUCAUUGUUGGAUUUUUAUAUUUAAAGAUCUCGGGAGGUUUUUAUGAGUUAGAAAGUAACCAAAUAUUUUUUUGAUUAAUUUUUAAACCGACCCGGUUUUAACGGGCUUUGAAGUAUUAUAGUUUAUAUUUUUUUCACCGCUAUGUUUUUACUUUUUUUAAGUUUCUAGGUAAGGUAAUUGAGAAAUUAGGUCCUCUAUUUAUAGGCUAAGUGUUAGGAAAUUUUAGACGAAACGAAUUGCGCUAAAUAAUCAAAAAAGUCAACGAUAAAAUAACCUUAAAAGGUCCAUAUCAAUAUUUAAAAAUAUUUAAUCAUUAUUUGUAAUAUACAAAUAAUACGAACAAUAAGUAGGUGUAUUGGACUGUUUAGGAAAUGUAAUGGUACAUAAAGGUUUAAUAUUAACGCUAAGCGUUUUGGUUCAUUGUAAAAGCUUACUUCUUUGCAUUUUUUUAUUUUAUUCAUAUGUCUACAUAGCCUCUGUUUUACAUAGCCUCGUCCUGCCCAAUGUGAUUUUAAUGGUAGGGGAGCCCAAGAGGGGAUUUUUGUGUUUACUCGAGCGCGUCAGAUUAAGAUAUGAGUGAUAUCUUGCUACCCCGUGUAGUCUACCUUUACCCCUUUUAGCCAUCUAUGUAGAGCCUUUGGUUGGUGGGGGGUUGGUGGGGGGUUUAACAAAUUGUUAAGCAGAUUGUGGAUUUGGUCAUAUUACUCCAAAUUAACGCUAUAAUUGCGCUAUUACUAAAUCUGAUAAUGAAUUGCACGCAUUUCCUUAAUCUGACGGUUACAAUGUAAAAAUUAGGCGUCAAACUUGUGUUCGUCAGAUUAAGAAAAUGCCUACAAAUAAGUGUUAUAUUAAGUUAUAGAAAAAAUAUAGCAUUAAAGUGGACAAAAACGACCAAACACACAAACUGCUUAACGAUUUUUUAACCCUCCACCAACCCCCCGAAAUAAAAAAAAAAUGUAGACGCUUUCCGGCUCGCUGGAAAAGAAAACUUUAUAUAACUUUUUUUUCUUCUUAUCAUCUAAUAUUUCGAUUCCAAUAGGUCUAUACGACGCUCGAGUAAACACACAUUUAGCAUCGUCGGCUCCCCAACUAUAAAGGAUAUAUUCCAUUUUUAGCAAGUUAUGAAUAAAAAGCCUGCAUAGGUUGACGUUACGCUGAAAAUUAUUUUUAUUACUUAAAAUGUGAACCAAAUGAAAAUCAACUCUAUUUUCCAAAUAAUUUGGUUUAAAUUUCAAUGGCUUAUGGGUGGGCAGGACGAGGAGAGACCACUUAUGUGUGAACCCAUUUUUGCGAAAAAAGACAAACUUUUUUUGGCGCUUUACGUCUGGAUUUUACCGCCGAUUUUCAAUAGUUAAAUAGUUUUAUUUCCGUGUGCUUGCUCAUCGCUUUACGAAAUAUUGUUGUACCUACGGAAUUGAUUUAUAAUACGUUAAUUUAAGGAAAUGAUCUGAAGUUUUAUUUUUGUACCGCGUGGUACAUUUGUGCUUGCUUUAUUCCAAGGAAUUGUUUUUUUUUAGUUCAUAGACUAAGAGCUAGGGUGUAAAUAUUUAUCAUGAUUGUCAUGAGUUGUAAAUUGUUAAAAAUGGUAAUUCUAGACGAGUGUAAACGUUUACUUAUUACAUAUAUCUUAAUAUUGGAUAUUAAAUCGUUCAUGUUGUAGAAAAUUUAGAAAAACCUUAGUAGUAAAAAAACACUGUAAUUCUACAUUUAUAUUAGAAUUUUGUUUCCGCUGUUGUGUUCUUGCAUUUUGUAUUUGUGCAUUUUGUCUCUGAUUUAUUAAAAAAUAUACUGUUUAUAAGAGUAAUGAAUAUUUCCUUAUUUCUUCGUGUCUUUAAGGCUGCAUUUAUGCACACGCGGGGCGUUGAGCUUAAAAUUCUGUAAUAUGGGGUUGUAUAGGAUCGUUCAUAAGCGAUAGCGAUUUUUUUAAACUUACAUGCCGCUCCGCAUGUAUAUAAACAAGGCCUAAUGAGCGUUUGAAUUUGAGAUAAAAACCUAAGUACCUAUAUAAUUCAAUUCGAGCAAUGACGAAAAGUUUCAGUGAAAAUUCAUACUAAAGAUACCUUCUCUAGUUAUUUAUAAAUUCAAGAAGGGUUGAAUCAUAUCACGGUUAAGUAUGUAUACCUACUUAUAAUAUCUAGAACUGUAAUUCGAUGUGUAUGUGAAAUGUAUAUUCCAUUUUGCAAUAACUUGAAUAAGUAGUAAAAUAAAUGCAGGCACAUUUAAAAACACAUUUUGUUUGUAUAUUUUUAUGCAUUUUUUAGUAAAGUACAAAAAUCAAUUUUUUUAUGUAUUUAAAAUGGGGGUAUAGCGGUUUUACUUUAAGACACAUUUUAAGUUAGUAGCUUGAGCUCUGUUUUGGCAGUUGUGCUGUGUAUUUUUGACGCCAAUACUAUAUAUAUUUUUUGAUAUGAUUGGACGUUCGUGGAAAACAAUAACAACUUAUUGUUGCUAUAUUUACCAGCAAUUUUGAUUCUACGGACAUUUUUUAUUUAAGAACAAAAAAUCUUUACAUAAAUUGUACAAUUUGAGUACAUAAAAAUUACAUUUUUCAACAUACUAAGUACUUAAAUAUUUAAUAGUUUUAUUAUAACACUUUUAAUAUUUUUAAUUGUAUUUUUUUUAUUUCAUAAUAUCAGAUAGGAAUAAUAAAAUUGACAAAUUGUAAUUAAAUUGUCCAUUGACUUAUAGUACUGGCGUCAAAAUGACACCCCCCAUAUUCACGCAGGAUUUGAUAUUUGUUGUUAUUUAUUCAGAACAUAUGUGUCGUUUCCAAGCAAAAAGUACCACUUUGUCUGCCAUAAGGACGCUUAGACAGGUUAUUCGUAUAAAGACACAAGCAAAUCACGUCCUUAGCGCCCAAGUGGGACCUUUGACUAGACUUCGACACAUAUAAAAUAAAUUGAGAAUAAACACAUCGCUGAAAUAAAACCCGUUUCAUAAUUUCGGUUGUGAUCUGUGUAUACCUACAUAAACUAUCGAUCAUUUUUACAUUAUUUUUCUAUUCGUAUACAUUUAUCUAAUUGUUGAUAGCAGGGUAUUUUUAUUUUAUACUUUAUCUCUUUAUUUGAGUUGUUAUGUAUGUGUGAUUCUCAAUUUAUCCCAAGUACCUAAACACCGGCCGUGCUGGUCUAGCAUACAUUAAAAUUGAUCAUUGUAAAUUAUACUUAAUUAGUGUUGUAUUAAACGAAAUCAUUACAAUUA